CAUUUAAAACAAACCUUUCCACCAUGGCGUAAUAUGUACUUAGGUGUGGAAAAGCGCAACUAUUCUCAUCGUAAACAAACCCUUGCAUGGUCAACACAGAGUGAUUAAGAAGACCGGGUGAAUGGCUUGAAUAAGGAUUUUAGUGUCCUUCUCUCAGCGCUGUAGUUUAAAAUGUCAAUCAAAAAGAUGAUGUUAUAUGAGUACAAGUGCUUCCAAGUAGGGCUUUAACUAACGAUAAUUUUUUAAAAUAAUUGAUUAGUCUUAUGAUUUUUUUCGAUUAAUCGAUGAAUCCAAUUUUAAAAAAUCUUAAUUUCCAUCCCUUUAUUAAAACAAACAGCACAUUUCAAAUUGUCAGUGCACAAACAGGUUGCUGCAUGAAAAUCCCAGAGCUCUUAAAGUAAGAAAUUGUGAAUAAUUAAAAAAAAUAAUAAAUAAAUGUUCACUCGUCGACUGAUCGAUUUGCAGGGCGGUCGUUUCGUGAGCCAUACUGGGUUGUUGCCCAACACCAUAUUGUUGACAACCCCAGGAAACAGUACACACCCACUGAGGCAUAAAUAGAGGGACUCCACACCAGACGUUUAGAACUGAAGAAGCCUUUUGGAGAUUAAGCCAUAUUUUACCAAACCAACUUUCCUAGUAUUUGGGAUGUAUUGGCUAUAUGGUUGCUCAGUUAAAUCAGAAUGCAUUGUGUGAUGUCACGCAGCCCUCCUUGAGUGUUCCUCAAAAGGAGUCAAAAAUAGCUUGUAAUUACUUAUUAUUGACACUGCAGUUGAAGAUGACUGUAAAACUAUCCAUCCAUCCAUUUUUCGUACCGCUUAUCCUUACUAUGGUCGCGGGCGUGCUUGAACCUAUCCCAGCUGACUCACCAGCCAAUCGCAAGGCACAUAUAAACAAACAACUAGUCGCACUCACAUUCACGCUUAUGGGCAAUUUAGAGUCUUCACUUAACCUACUAUGCAUGUUUUUGUAAUGUGGGAGGAGACUGGAGUACCUGGAGAAAAGCCACGCAGGCAUGGAGAAACAUUCAAACUCCACACGAAAAAAUACUCAAGCAUUUAGUAUUCCUAUUCUGUGAAAAACAAGUCAUUUUUCAUGCAUUUCAAUUGCAACUUUCUUUUUCCAGUUUGAGUCCUUCUGAUGAAGUUGUUAUCUGCAUGCGUGCACCACACUGCCCUUAAGAGGCCAAGGCGCGCACAGCAGGAACAGCACACUCCAGAAUGGGCCCCAUGCCUUGGACCAUCAACUCUGAGAUUUACCCGUUGUGGGCCCGCAGCACCGGAAACGCCUGCUCAGCCGGAGUCAACUGGAUCUUCAAUGUCCUCCUCUCACUCACCUUCCUUCACAUCGCAGAGCUCAUCACCUAUCAAGGUAUUUUCUUCGCGUACAUGGGCUUCACCGUUCUGGGCGUGGUCUUCACCUUUGGCUGCUUGCCUGAGACGCAGGGCCUGCAGCUGGAGGACAUCGAGAACCUGUUCAUGGGCCCGUUCUGUUCCUGCGGUGCCUCAUCGGACUUCAACAAUCAGAACAUCCAGUACAUCCGGGAUCCGCCCUCAACUGGCACGGGAGAAGAUUGAAGGAUGCCACAUUUGUACGUACGUGAUGCCCGGCGAGCCUCAAGUCAUCCUGGGCAAGGACAAAUCCUUCACAUACGACUACGUGUUCGACAUGGACUCACAGCAGGACGCCAUCUACCAAACGUGCACUGAGAAGCUGAUCGAAGGCUGCUUCGAGGGAUACAACGCCACAGUCUUCGCCUACGGACAGACGGGUUCUGGCAAGACGUACACCAUGGGGACGGGCUUUGACGUCAACAUUGCCGACGACGAGCUAGGCAUCAUUCCCCGCGCCGUGCACCACCUCUUCCGGGGCAUCGAGCGGCGCCGGCAGGCUGCACAGGAACAGGGACGCCCCGCGCCGGAGUUUAAGAUCAACGCUCAGUUCCUGGAGCUUUACAACGAGGAAGUUCUGGAUCUCUUUGACUCUGUGAGGGACGGGAAGCAGAAAUCUCACAUCAAGAUCCAUGAGGACGCCAACGGGGGGAUCUACACUGUGGGCGUGACCACACGCACCGUGUCUUCCGAGGCCGAGAUGAUGCAGUGCCUGAAGCUGGGGGCUCUGUCUCGCACCACUGCCAGCACGCAGAUGAACGUCCAGAGCUCUCGUUCACAUGCCAUCUUCACCAUCCACCUAUGCCAAGUUCGAGUCUGUGCCUCCUCCGACAAUUACGAAGACGCCGACCAGGGUGAUAAUCAGGUCUCCAACGGCAAUGGAGACAUGGACGAGUACGAGACGCUGAGUGCCAAAUUCCACUUUGUGGACCUGGCUGGCUCAGAGAGGCUCAAGAGGACUGGCGCCACGGGAGACCGAGCCAAGGAAGGGAUUUCCAUCAACUGUGGACUGCUGGCUCUAGGUAACGUCAUCAGCGCUUUGGGCGACCGCAGCAAGCGGUCCUCGCACGUGCCUUAUCGAGACUCCAAACUGACCCGACUUCUGCAGGACUCCUUGGGAGGUAACAGCCAAACGGUGAUGAUCGCCUGUAUCAGCCCGUCUGACCGCGACUUCAUGGAGACGCUCAACACGCUCAAGUACGCCAACCGCGCCCGCAACAUCAAGAACAAGGUGAUGGUGAACCAGGACAAGGCGAGCCAGCAGAUCAGCGCACUCAGGACGGAGAUCGCCAGACUGCAGAUAGAGCUCAUGGAGUACAAGACAGGUAAACGCUUGGCGGGCGAAGAUGGCGUGGAGAGCUUCAGUGACAUGUUCCACGAGAACGCCAUGCUGCAGACGGAGAACGGCAAUCUGCGCGUGCGGGUGAAAGCCAUGCAGGAAACCAUCGACGCCCAGAGGGCUCGACUCACACAACUGCUCAGCGACCAGGCCAACCAGGCUCUCGCCAGGGCGGGUGAAGGAGGCACAGAGGAAAUUGGCAACAUGAUUCAGAAUUACAUCAAAGAAAUUGAAGACCUCAGAGCCAAGCUUCUGGAGAGCGAGGCUGUGAACGAGAGCCUGCGCAAAAGCCUCUCUCGCGCCUCCAACCGCCAGGCCUUCUACAGCGGGCCUGGUUCCUUCUCCGCCGCCGCCCCCGAGAAGGAGACAUCUGACAUCAUCGAGAUGGCCAAGAAGGACCUGGAGAAGCUGAAGAAGCGAGAGAAAAAGAAGAAGAAAAGUGUGGGCAAGGAGGACGUUCCCGACAACGAGCAGGAGAAGAGCAGCGACAAGGAGAACAACGUCGAGCGAACUAGCGACAACGCCGACAUGGAUGCGCAGGAGGGUAGUGAGCACGACGAAGAAGGAGAGGAGGAGGAUGAAGAGGAGGAUGAAGACAUGGAGGUUGAGGACAGUUCAGACGAUUCAGACUCUGAGUCGGACGAGAAAGAGAACUUCCAGGCAGACCUAGCAAACAUCACCUGCGAGAUCGCCAUCAAGCAGAAGCUGAUCGACGAGCUGGAGAACAGCCAGCGCCGCCUGCACACUCUCAAGCAGCAGUACGAGCAUAAGCUGAUGAUGCUGCAGUGCAAGAUCAGGGACACGCAGCUGGAGCGAGACAGAGUCCUCCAGAACAUGAACUCUGUGGAAAGCGGCUCAGACGACAAGGCCCGCAAAAUCAAGACGGAGUACGAGAGGAAGCUGAGUGUGAUGAACAAGGAGCUGCAGAAGCUGCAGUCGGCCCAGAAGGAACACGCCCGCCUGCUCAAGAACCAGUCGCAGUACGAAAAGCAGCUACGCAAGCUCCAGACGGACGUGGCCGAUAUGAAAAAGACUAAGGUUCGCCUCAUGAAGCAGAUGAAGGAGCAGCAGGAGAAGAACCGCAUGAACGAGUCCCGGCGAAACCGGGAGAUCGCCUCCUUGAAGAAGGACCAGCGCAAACAAGAGCACCAACUGAAGCUGCUGGAGGCUCAGAGGAGGCAGCAGGAGCUCAUCCUCAGGAGAAAGACAGAGGAGGUGACGGCUCUGAGAAGGCAGGCCAGGCCCACCUCGGGGAAGGUCAUUCGGAAGAUCAACCUGCCAGAUCCCAACCAGGACUCAGCCCACCGUCCCCCCGUCCGCAUGUACUCUGGACACACCGCUGCCAAUGGCACUAGGCGUGCCGGCGGGCUUUACUCCACCCGGAUGGCCCGCAACAAGUGGCAGUCUCUGGAGCGACGCGUCUCUGACGUCAUCAUGCAGAGGAUGACCAUCUCCAACAUGGAGAAUGACAUGAACCGCCUACUGAAGCAACGCGAGGAGCUGACCAAGCGCAAGGAGAAGGUGGUGAAGAAGCGAGAGCGACUGGUCAGAGAAGGGUCCGAAGCGGAGAAGGCGGUGAUCCCACUCAAUGAGGAAGUGGAUGCGCUGACCGCCAACAUCGACUACAUCAACGACAGCAUCGCUGACUGUCAGGCCAACAUCAUGCAGAUGGAGGAGACCAAGGAGGAAGGCGACACCGCGGACGUCUCUGCUGUGAUUGGAUCGUGCACCCUGGCAGAGGCUCGUUUUCUACUGGAUCACUUUAUGUCCAUGGCUAUAAAUAAGGGUCUGCAGGCGGCCCAAAAGGAGUCCCAGGUGAAGGUGAUGGAGGGGCGCCUAAAGCAGACUGAGAUCACCAGUGCCACUCAGAACCAGCUGCUCUUCCACAUGCUCAAGGAGAAGGCUGAGUUCAAUCCAGAGCUGGACGCGCUGCUCGGCAACGCCCUACAAGAGCUAGGUAACGUGCCAGCUGAAAACGGCGACGACAGCAGCAGCGAUGAGUCGGCUACGAGCCCGUCUACGGACGGAAACACUGUGCCAGAUCUUAUGAAGUUCUGUGGAGAGACCAAGUCCAGGAAUAAGGCUCGCCGGCGGACCACCACUCAGAUGGAGCUCCUGUACGUCAACAGCGAGGCCGCCCCCGACACGGCCGACUUCUCGGGUCCCGUGCUGCCGCAUGCUGAGACGCCGGAUUCUGGCGGUGACUUUGCUGCGCUCUCUUCUGGCUUCUCCAAAAUGUCCAGCGUUUCGGGCUCCAGAAAGCCGUCGGCUGCGGAAAAACGAGCUUCGCCGGCACCUUCGCCGCUCUCUCGCAGGAAGACUUAUGACAAGGCCCAAGCUACGGGUGACAGGGCAAAGCUCAAGGAGAUUAAACAGGGCGUCAUCUAUCCGGUGGCGUCCACCAAGAGCCGCUCAGCCUCGCUGCUGCAGUGCGUCCAUGUGGCCGAGGGACACAGCAAGGCCGUCCUGUGCGUCGACUGCACCGAUGACUUGCUCUUCACCGGAUCCAAAGACCGCAGUUGCAAGGUGUGGAACUUGGUGACGGGCCAGGAGAUCAUGUCGCUGGCCGGACACCCCAACAACGUGGUGUCGGUGCGCUACAGCUCCAGCCUGGUCUUCACUGUCUCCACCUCUUACAUCAAAGUGUGGGAUAUUCGUGACUCGGCCAAGUGCAUCCGGACACUCUGCUCCUCCGGUCAGGUUAACGUUGGCGACGUCUGUGCAUCCAGCACCAGCCGGACGGUCACCAUCCCGGCAGGCGAGAACCUGAUCAACCAGAUCAUGCUGAACCCCAACGGGACGGUCCUGUAUGCCGCGGCCGGAAACUCAGUUAGGGUGUGGGAUCUACGAAGGUUUGCAUCUACUGGGAAACUCACAGGUCACCAGGGUCCUGUUAUGUGUUUGACUGUGGACCAGUCGGGGAACAACCAGGACCUGGUGAUCACUGGCUCCAAAGACCACUAUGUCAAGCUCUUUGACGUGACAGAAGGCUCCAUGGGAAGCAUCAGCCCGACACACAACUUCGAACCACCCCACUAUGACGGCAUCGAGUCUCUGGUGGUCCAGGGUGACUUCUUCUUCAGCGGCUCCCGCGACAACGGUAUCAAGAAGUGGGACUUGGACCGCAAGGACUUGCUGCAGCAAGUCCCGAACGCCCACCGUGACUGGGUUUGCGCCCUAGGGGUGGUUCCCGGCUUUCCGUUCCUCCUGAGCGGCUGCCGAGGAGGGGUGCUCAAACUGUGGCACACAGACACUCUGGCCGGCCUGGGCGAGCUCAAGGGUCACGACAGCCCCAUCAACGGCAUCUCCACCAAUGUCAGCCACUUGUUCACCGCCUCUGACGACCGGACGGUGAAGAUCUGGCGUGCACGCGGCGGCGGACUGGACGGCACUCUCGAAGCGGCUGACAAUGCAGCGGACGAGGUGGCGAGUAACUGAACGCACUCGCGGCGCCUUCUGAUGGACAUGUUAUGAUGUGCACUUUGAUUCCCUCUGCUUACCUUUAUGCCAGUAUUAAGCCCUAACACACACAAGGCCACUAAGUGAUAAUGCUCAUCAAGGUUGCUUCAAGUGCAUUUUCUAAAUACUAGGUAUUAUUAGCUAUUGUUUUUAGCGUUGUAGUGUGCCAACAUGGCCGCCGUUCGUGUUUUGAAGUUUUGGAUGGUGUCGGGUUGCUAGCCGGUCUAAACAACCCAGCGCUGCGUUUCCUGUUGCUGGAUGUCCUCAAGUCAACGCUUGUAGAAAUGUCCCCUUACCUCCUGGUGAGUACAGACAUCUCCAUUUCUUUUGUUAACUAAGAGUCCAAAUGUGACAAAUGAUGCUGGAUGUGUCUUAUUUAUGGAACGUAGACCAGACUUGAUUGUGUGAUGCGCGGGCCUCAUGUUGCCACAUAACGCCAUUCGCCUUGAUUCUUAGCACGUCUUAAAAGUGAGCAUUUGUUCAGGACAAAGCCCACUCAUAUGCUGUAUACUCUAUAAAUAUACAUUGACGUGGUCCGCGCUCUAUAUACAUUUUGACCUGCCUAGUAUUUUCUACCCGUGGUCCGCGCUCAGUACACUUACUGUAUGUUGACAUGUUCCGUGUCCACUUUGUGUGUUGAUGCGGUUAUAGUCCCACUGCAAAGAUUAUCACAUGGUCUGUGCUCACUCCAUGAAUGAUGCUGUUCCACACGCACUAUAUGUAGGUUAACAUGGUCCAUCUAUAGUGACAUGGUCCAUGCUCACUUAUACUGUAUGUAUGUUAUGUUAUCCACUCUCACUACAUGUUGACAUGGUCCUUGCUCACUUCAUGUAUAUUGGCAUGGGCCCUGCCUACCCCGUUUAUCUGACAUGGUCUGUGCUCACUUCAUAUGUUGCCAUGGUCCACAAUAUAUUUAUACAGCACGGUACAUGCUCAGUACACGUAUAUUGACAUGGCCUGGGCUCACUAUAUGCCGACAUGGUCCGUCCUCCCUACAUGUAUGUUAACAAAGUCCGUGCUCACAUGUACUCACUUUAUGUCCAAACGUUAGUGCAGGCUUACCACAUGUCAACAUGGCCCAUGCUCACUUUAUGUUGACAUGGUCCAUGCUCACUACACAAAUGUAGACAUGAUCUGUACUCACUAUGUGUAUGUGACGUGCUCCACUCUCACUACAUGUGUUGCCAUGGUUCCGUGUUCACUUAUUUGUAUGUUACAUUAUCCACUAAAUGUUGACAUGGUCUGUGAUCACCAUGUGUGUAUAUGGACAUGCUCCCUAUAUGUACACAACAUGGUCCGUCCUCACUACACCUACAGUACAUUAUAUUGACAUGGUCCGUGCGCACUCUUUGCCUAGACAUGGACACACACUUUUGGGGUAUAUGGCUGUGGUCUACACUCACCUCAUGUAUAUUGACUUGGUCAGUGCUCACUCACUAACCGUGUGGUCACCCUUGCUCACGUCUAUCAGAGGGCUCGUUGACGUACACUAUGGGUGAGCUCCAGUCAUGAGCUUAUCAACACACCGAAUAUGUACAUUUAUGUCACCGACUUUUUUUCGUAGAGGCCUUCAGUUCUCGUGAAUGUUUUGAUGACGACGAUGCUAACCCGACUGAAUGUUUUCUCUUGGGACCACCGGUAUGAAAACUUACUGACUUGAUUUCAUUAAUUCAUGAUUAGAUUAUUUUUGUUGUUAUCUGUUUGGAUCAGUCCCUGCUCUGUAUAAUCCUGGACCUUCCCUGCCCUUUUGGAAUUGUAGAAGCCAUGUUCCAAAUGGCCGUCUCUGUAGCUAUUCUAAUGUCAGAUGAUGCCUGUGAGAAUAAACGCCAUCUGUCAAAA